GUCCUAGUGACAUAGGACGGUGUUAGUUCGAACGACGUCUGAUGAUAAUUUGUCAAACUCUAUCCUCGGAGUUUUUCCAUAAUAAUGAAUACUUUCUAAUUGAUAUCCUAGAUAAUUAUAUAUGUUACACAUCUAAAAGUGCUCCCGAUAAGGUUUGUUCUGCCUUUAUUGAAGACUUGCCGUUGUUUUUUUCUAUUUACAAGUCUAGUUCUCCCAUAAUUUUUAUAAAAUUUCAAGUAAUACAUUGUGAUGUAGUUAUCAUCCUAGCAACAGCUGAAGCUUUUGAAAUUCUUCAGUUCUCAAAUACAUCUUUGGAGUAUCUAGAAAAGACAAAGUCUGUUGAGUAUGUCUCACGAGGCCCUCCAGUCCUACGAAUUGAUCCAUCUUUUUCUUUUGUUGUUAUUGGUGAUGGAAAACAUUUGAAAGCAUGGCAAUUCAAGGAGGCUCAGAAUACUUUAAAGUCAAUCGGGGUGCACUCAAAUAAUAUUAAAGAUAUUAAUUUUCAUCAUUCGAUCCCAAGUUUUGUUUUUGUACUUGCUGGCGACCUCUCGUGUAGAAUUUGGGAUAUACAAUCUUGUAAACCAAUACAUACAAUAAGCCCCCAAAGGAUCACUUCAUUUAGUUCGAUUUCCGUCGACAAUUGUAUUCCACUAGGCACAAAAGAUGGCCAGGUCUUAUCUAUCUGCCCUCGUUCUUUCCAAUGCAUUCAGUUGUGCGCACUUCCUGAACCAGUAAUCAGUAACGAUAAUAAUCCUCCGAAGAAUAAUCCGGUCAUCCACUCAACAAAUAUAAGAUCAUCAUGGUCGAAAAAUGAGACUUUUAAUCCAUCAAUUUCAACUGAGUUCUCAAAUGAAAUAGUUGCCUUUACAAUGGUGGAUUUGAUAUCUCUUCGUACUGAUAAUCACAUAUCAAGGGCUUCUAAACUCAGAUCAAGUUUAUCAGUCAUUUUGUCACGUGCCAACUUAUACAUACUGGACAUGUCUAAUCAUAAUAUUACAGCUAGUUGGAAAUGGACGGAUCUUAAGCUCUAUAAGUGGAUAUACAUAUCCAAUGCAGGAAUUACUUACAAUGCAAAAGCUGUCAACUUUUGGGUUCGUGGUAAUAAUGAUUGUGUUGGGUUUUUUAGUAUUCCAUUAGAAAAUUUUUUGACUAGAAUAAAUGAAUGCGAGAAUGUUUCAUCAUCAAACAAUUCACUGCAUUUAUCAUUUAUUGCUAAAGAUGAUCUAUUCACAAAUUCCGUGUUAAACACUUGCAAUAAAUAUCAACUUCAAACUAAUCCACCAACCAAGAAUAGAAGUCAAUUGUCAACAACAUUCAAUUUAAAAUCAUUAGACAAACCAGUGACAUUUGGACAUAAAAUUAAAUCUUCUGGUUAUGCAAAACAAGAACCAGUACGUACAACGUUUCUUCCCCUAAUUGAUAACCGUUCAAAACAAAGAAGUGCUUUAAAAUUAGAAAAUGAAGGGAAUUUUACAAAACUGACCAAAUCAUAUCCGAAUACUGAUGAACUGCCAAAUAUUCUUCAAAUACAUGGAUUUGUUGACUCUUGUACUACACCAAUCUAUAAAGUUGCAUAUUCACCUAACGGUAAUCGUUUAGCAUCAUGUUUGGGUAAUGGAAUUUGUUUGAUUACUCGUUGUAAUCAAAACACAUUGGAAGAAAAACAAAAGAAAUUCUUUUCUUCAGCUAAAGCAUUACGUGGUCAUUUAGGUCCUGUACUCUGGGCAUCUUGGUCAACAAACAGUUGUUUACUAUUAACUUGUUCAUCUGAUCGAACUGCACGUCUUUGGCGAUUUAUAGGAAGUAAUAAUGAAUUGAAUAAAAAGUCGAAUAUUAAACUGGGAUCAAUAACAACUCAACUGAUAUUCGAUUCAAUAUAUAAAGGAGCUACAAAUGAUUAUGGAGAAAAAGUUGGAUUGAAGACAAAAAACACAUAUCGUCAUGUACCAUUUGAAGAUCAUAUAUCAAUUGGAAAUUUUCACUAUAUGGAUUCAUUUGUAUAUUUAGUUUGUCAAAAUAUAAUACGUUUAUACACGUAUACACUAUCAAAUAAUGAGAAUAUUUUGAAAAAAAGUUCUGCUAAUAAUAGUUAUAAAUUGGUUGGUGAAUUUCCAAUAACCACUUGUAAUCAAUUAACUGCUGUGGCAUCUGUAAAUCUUUUCUACUCAUAUUUAAUGGUAUGUGCUGGAUCAGAUCGUCGUCUAUCGAUUUUAGACUUAAAUUGUGGACAGAUUAUUCAAGAAAUUCCAUCAGCACAUAAUAAGUGUAUAACAGGGAUUGCAUUAAAUCAGGGAUCAUUAUAUUCAAGUUUCAACAAUGAUUCCAUACAAAAUACUACUACUACUACUACAACACUUGGUACCGGUUAUACGGUGUAUGCAACAGUGGCACCGAAAGAUUGUAUACAAAUAUGGGAUUUGAGAGAAAAUCGUUAUCCUAUAUUGAAAUUGGCUAGAUUUUCAUCAGAAAUCUAUUCAAGUGGAUCAAGUAGAAAUGUACUCACUCCACCAGUCACUGCAGCAUUCAGUCCAUGUGGAACUAAAUUGUUAGUCGGUGGUACAGUGGAUGUCAACCAAUCAUCACCGGUUAUAUAUGAUGUACGGAAAGCUUGUGCACAUCCGCUGGCUAUAUUAAAUCAUGAAAUACGAAUGAAUAAUACUAGUCCAGCUACUGCAGUCGAUUGGCAUCCAUUAAAACCUGAGGUAUCUACCGGUUCUCAUGAUGGCCUAUUGUCAAUCUAUGGAAUUCAUAAACCAUAA